AUGAUUUAUGCCGCUAAGUAUUAUAAUUAAAUUUAAAUUUUUUAAAAAAUACAACUGCGAACCAUACACUCUGCUGCUGACCGGAAGAAGGACGAGAGUAUACGAACUGGUUUUUCCGAUAUGGGUCACGAUUCCAAUCCGCCGCCGCCGCCGUCUCCGUCGCGGGAAAAGCCAAGUCCGACGGCAGAUCAGGAAGAAGACUCGUCUAGCCCUUCCACCGCUUUGCUCUCUUCAAACCCAUCUCACAAAAGAAGCAUUGUCUUCAUUUCUCUUACUUUCAGUACUCGUUUCGCUCUCUCCGCCGCCAUAGCCUUCGCCUUCCUCUUCUUCUCCGCCGCCUCCACUGCCGACGGUGUCAGCUCCACCGCCCGUACUCUCUCUAAGCUGAAACGUCCAGUGGUUCUAUUGAUCUCCUCCGAUGGGUUUCGAUUUGGGUAUCAAUUCAAAACCUCAACCCCAAACAUUGACCGUCUGAUUGCAAAUGGGACCGAGGCCGAGAGGGGUUUGAUUCCUGUUUUUCCAACUCUAACUUUUCCCAAUCAUUACUCGAUCGUCACUGGCCUUUAUCCCGCCCAUCACGGCAUUAUCAACAACUUUUUUCUCGAUCCAGUGACCGGAGACGCCUUCACGAUGGCUAAUCACGACCCUAAGUGGUGGCUCGGCGAGCCGCUGUGGGAGACGGUGGUCAAUCAAGGGCUCAGUGCAGCAACAGCCUUCUGGGUCGGUGCUGAGGUAAACAAAGGCUCAUGGUCUUGCCCUGCAAAUUUCUGUCAUCAUUAUAAUGGUUCAGUUCCAUUUGAGGAACGAGUAGAUAUGAUUUUGCAGUAUUUUGAUUUGCCUAGUGAGGAAAUUCCUGUGUUCAUGACUCUGUAUUUUGAGGACCCAGACCAUCAGGGUCACAAGGUUGGUCCUGAUGAUCCACAAAUCACUGAUGCUGUAGCUAGAAUUGAUCUAAUGCUUGGUAAACUAAUUUCUGGCCUGGAGAAAAGAGGAGUAUUCGAGGAUGUUAAUGUAAUCUUGGUUGGUGAUCAUGGAAUGGUCGGAACUUGUGAUAAGAAGUUGAUUUUUCUUGAGGAUUUAGCUCCAUGGAUUGUGAUUCCAGAGAGGUGGGUUCAAUCAAGAACUCCUCUGCUAGCAAUUCGUCCACCGUCUGAUGUUUCACCUGCUGAUGUUGUCUUGAAAAUGAAUGAAGCUUUGCAAUCUGGGAAAGUUGAGAAUGGGAAGUAUCUGAAAAUGUAUGUCAAGGAAGAGCUUCCGUCUCGGCUUCACUACAGUGGGAGCGAUCGGAUUCCUCCGGUGAUCGGGUUGGUUGAAGAGGGAUUUAAGGUGGAGAUGAAGAACAGUAAAGGGAGGGAGUGUGGAGGAGAUCAUGGGUAUGACAAUGCCAUAUUUUCCAUGAGAACCAUUUUCAUUGGCCAUGGUCCACGGUUUGCAAGAGGGAGAAAAGUCGCUUCUUUUGAAAAUGUUCAGAUAUAUAACUUGGUUACUUCAAUUCUCAACAUCAAACCUGCCCCUAACAAUGGUUCUGCAUCAUUUCCCCAAUCUGUUCUCUUGCCUUCGCCAUAGAAUCCUUGGCACAUUGCCCGAACAGAUUGCCACGACAAUUGUUUUAACUCGAACAUCGUUGUUGCAAAGUGUUGAGGAUUGUUGGGAAGAAAUUCCAUAUGGGCUA